UCGCAGUGCAUGGCCCGCUCCUCUUUCUGUGGCAACGGUGCAUGUUCUUUCCAUUUUCUCUCUCUCUUACUCUCGUGGACAGCAAUGACCUAAGAUGACAUCGACGGUCGCGGCGCCCACACGCACGCACUCAUACAGCGCGCCCGCGCGCACCUCGGAAGUGAGCUUGAGCAGCACGACGAUCGUUGCGCUCGGCAUGGGCUUUAUUGGCGCGGCGCUCUUCGUCGUCGGCCUCGUCGUUCUCAUCCGCGUCGUCGUCGUGACGCGCGCGGUGCGCCGCGAGCGCGCACAAGGCCAGACAUCCGACUUCGCCUCGAUGUGGCAGCGGUACGGCGGCGUGUGGGGCCUUCUCUUCGCGCCGGGACAGGGUAUGGAGUGGACGCCGGUGCGUGUGCGUCGGCGCGCCGUCGGCCCCCCGCCGAAGAUGUGGGACGUCGACAUCGCCAAGCUCCAGCCGGAAGACGAGUUCGACAUGGAUAAGGAGGAGACGCAGCCUCUCGCAGCCGCACCGUACUAUGCGCCCGGAUCAAACGUGCCCGAGUGCGCAUUCUCCGUCCUCGUUGUCAUGCCCGCCCCGCCCCAUCCGCUUGAAUCAGAUGAAGAACCCUCCCUCCCCGAUCUUAUGCUUGGCACGACACAUCUGCAACCCACAAUACCGCUCGCGGAAGCCGGACUGAAGAGUGACGACGAAUCCGACAAGCGCUCCGAAUUCGAGUAUGUGGUCAACGAGCUCGACCUAAUGCGUGCGCGCAAUCGGCGCGAGCUUCACUGGGCCACGGUUUGGGGCAUGGACGCCGGCGGGCGCAUGUGAUGAUUACCCCAUAAUGGUACAUGUUGUGAGAGAGUGUAAUCUAUGUAAUGCCAGUG